UCGCUACUACCAGCUACUACGCGCAACAUCGACAAGGAACUCAUCAGUAAAGUUCUUCUUUUCAGCAGAUAAUCUUUUGUCAAAUUCCCUCAAGCUGUUGCAAUAAUGGUGUUCUUCUGGAGAAGUCGGAAGGUGGCUCCGAGGAGGAAGCUGUAGUCGGCCAGCAGCCAGUGAGGACACACGAGCUGAGUUUAGCAGAUUCCUGUCCGGACCUCACAGAGCAUGGGUCUGCUGGAGAAGCUGUCGCUGUGGCUGGGCGGCGGCGCGCGCGAGGUGUCCGUGGUGGUGCUGGGGCUCGACAACAGUGGCAAGUCGUCGCUGCUGCGCGCGCUGCACCCGCCCCCGCGCACCCCCGCGGCUGAGGAGCCGCCCCCGCCGCCCACGGUGGGCACCAGGCAGGACCACUUCACUGCGGGCGGCGUGUCGUUCAGCGCGCUGGAGGUGGGCGGCGGGCGGCGCCACCGCGCGCUGUGGGAGCGCCACUACCGCGCCGCCGACGCACUCAUCUACGUCGUGGACGCCGCCGACCCGCUCAGGCUAGUGGUGUCCCGCUCGGAGCUACAGCUGGUGCUGGCGGCGGGCGGGGCGCGCCGCGUGCCGCUGCUGGUGCUGGCCAACAAGAGCGACCGCCCCGACGCGCUGCACCACCUGCAGGUCGCGCAGGCGCUCAGUCUAGAGCAGGUGCAGGGCGUCCCGUGGCACAUCUGCGCGGCGUCGGCGGCGUCGGGCGCCGGGCUGGCCGAGGGCGUGGCCUGGCUCGCGCGGGAGCUGCGCACCACACACGCCAGCCGGAAGGGACAACACUAGGAGAUGUGCAAGAUACAACACUUGGUGGAGUGCAAGGGGCAAUACUAGGAUGAUUGCAAGGGACUGGGGGGACUGCAAGGGAGAGCACUAGGAGGAAUGCGAGGGAUAGCAAUAUAUCCCGCAAGGGAUAGCGCUCGGACCCAAUAACUAUAAGAGGCAAUAUCGCAAUAAGUAUAACUGCCAGGUACCUACUUACGCUAUAAUUAUGUAAGUGAUCUCCCGUAAGAACACUAGAAAAUGUAUGCUAUUAACCACGAGGGAAAGCAAGAAGCCAUAGACCAGAGGACAUGAUUUAUGUGUGCAAGCACCUCUCUUUUAAAUUUAUCAUCAACAACAUCACUGAUGGACAAGGCAUCCAAUUUAGUCAGUGUGGCCAUGUAUUGGUAGGUACUACUUACUGUUCAUUUCAUUUUUGCUUGCCGUCUUGGAGAAGUAACUUUUGCUGUGUUUGCACAUUCUUUAGUAUAGGUCAUUUUGGUUGUUAAAUUAGACUAGUCCUUCACCGA